UAUAUCAUAAAAAAGUUCCACCAAGUUAUGGGUUUCCUUGUGUUGCUUCUUAUCUCCCUCUUAGGUCUCUCUUCUAGUUCCAGCAUAUCAACUCAUCGCUCCAUAUUGGACCUUGACCUAUCCAAGUUUACCACACAGAAACAGGUGUCUUCACUGUUCCAACUAUGGAAGAGUGAGCAUGGACGUGUCUACCAUAACCACGAAGAAGAGGCAAAGAGACUUGAGAUUUUCAAGAAUAACUUGAACUAUAUCAGGGACAUGAAUGCAAACAGAAAAUCACCCCAUUCUCAUCGUUUAGGAUUGAACAAGUUUGCUGACAUCACUCCUCAAGAGUUCAGCAAAAAGUACUUACAAGCUCCCAAGGAUGUGUCGCAGCAAAUCAAAAUGGCCAACAAGAAAAUGAAGAAGGAACAACAUUCUUGUGACCAUCCACCUGCAUCAUGGGAUUGGAGGGAAAAAGGUGUCAUCACCCAAGUAAAGUACCAAGGGGACUGUGGAAAUGGUUGGGCAUUUUCUGCCACGGGAGCUAUUGAAGCAAAAAAUGCAAUAGUGACAGGAAACCUUGUUAGCCUUUCUGAACAAGAAAUCACAGAUUGUGUCUAUAAAGCCAACAGUUGUAACGGUGGAUAUCACUUUCAUGCAUUUGAAUGGGUUAUAGAAAAUCGUGGAAUUGCCACUGAAGUUGACUAUCCUUACACAGCUGAAGAUCAUGGUACAUGCAAAGCCAAUAAGACACAGAACAGUGUUACAAUUGACAAUUUUGGAGGUCUAAUAAUAUCAGAACAUAGUACACAACCAGAGACAGACAAUGCACUGUUGAGCGCCACCCUUGAGCAACCAAUUAGUGUGGCCAUGGACGCAAGAGAUUUUCAUUUCUACACUGGCGGAAUUUAUGAUGGAGGAAACUGUUCAAGUCCGUAUGGGAUCAACCACUUUGUUUUAAUAGUGGGUUAUGGAUCAUUAGAUGGUGUAGAUUAUUGGAUAGUAAAAAAUUCAUUUGGAAAAGAUUGGGGAAUGGAUGGAUACAUUUGGAUCCAAAGAAAUAUUGCUAAUCCAAUUGGAGUAUGUGCGAUUAAUUUUUUCGCUUCUUGGCCAAUCAAAGAGAAAUCAGAAACACUGGUGUCUGCUCGCGUUAAAGCUGAUCAAAGAGUGGAUUACUCUCCUCUUUGAACCGUGAAGGUGGUCCAGUUAAAUAUCUAGUGCUUGUUUUCUUAGAGACAAGCAUCGUAUGCAUGAUUCUGUGUUACCAUGAAUCUUCCACGCUGUAUUGAUGUGGAAGGACAAAAAUAAAACACAGAACUAGUUUUUCUUCAAAUAAUGUGAUAGUCAAUAAUAGAACACAGCCACUGUUUCAUGUGUUUUGAGAUAUAUCCA